UUGGGAGUCCUGUGGUAUAACGGAUUACCUGUGGUAUCAAAGUUCUUUGAAGUGAACAACAGAAGUGCUGCAAAGGCAUGUGACUUCGAAAGCGAUUAAAAAAAAACGAAAUAUGAUCUGUUAGGCAUGACAGAACCAGCGUAUACCAGCAGAGGACGAAACGAGAAGUAUUUGGGAAGAUACACCAUCAUGGCAGCUCCGGAAGUUGUUAGCUCUCCACAAGAAAGUCUAAAUAGAACGCACGGGAGAAGAAGACGAAUAUUUAUCGUAUCUUUUGUGUGUUUCCUUGCGAUUAUCAUUGUGGCUGUUGUUGUUCUGCAUUUCUAUUACAACAGUGGCGUUACAAAGAGUUCGCAAAGCGGUCCUUGCAAGGGUGCGUGCGUUUUAGAAGUUGUCGAAAGCAUUCCCCAAGGACUCGCAUACCCUUCGAGUGAAGUCGUUCAUCCAUCGAUAUACAGUGGCUGGCUCAAGCUCAUAAGGUCCGCUAAACAGUCCCUAGACAUUGCUGCUGAUUACUGGACACUUAGAGGUGUGGAUACCGGCACUGAUGAUCCGACAUCAAAGUGGGGGGAGACAAUCUUUCGAGAACUCAUUGCUCUUGAAAAAAGUGGUGUAAAAAUUAGGAUUGUGCAAUCAAAGGCACCCCCAUCGCAAAACAAUGAUACCAAGAUACUUGCUAAGCUGGGUGUGGCUGAAGUACGUAAUCUUGAUAUGAAACGACUUAUCGACAGUGGUAUACUGCAUACUAAGAUGUGGCUAGUAGAUAAGAAGCAUUACUAUCUUGGUAGUGCCAAUCAGGACUGGAGAUCUUUGACUCAGGUGAAAGAGCUGGGCUUGAUGACUUACAACUGUUCUUGCCUUGGUGAAGAUAUCUCAAAGAUCUUUGAGGCUUACUGGAUGUUAGCUGUGCCAGACUCUAAAAUCCCUUCACCUUGGCCUUCUAGAUAUAACACCAGUAACAACAAAGUUACACCUGCUUCAAUAACAAUCAAUGGAACCGAUGAUUCCGGCAUCUAUUUGGCGUCAUCCCCACCUGAGCUGUGCCCUUCUGGCAGAACUGUUGACAUAGAUGCCAUCCUGGAUGUUAUUGGUAAGGCUAAAAAGUUCAUCUACAUUGAAGUCAUGGACUACUUCCCUACUACCUUAUACACUAAGACCAAGAAGUAUUGGGCUGUUAUCGAUGAUGCACUGCGCCAGGCCGCAUUUGACCGCAAAGUGAAUGUGCGUCUUCUGGCUGGUUUAUGGAAUCACACUCGCCCUGAUGCUAGAAAUUUCCUCCGAUCUUUGGCAGCCAUCAAUGGGACUGACCAUGGCAAGGUCAGCGUGCAAACGCGGUUUUUCCAUGUGCCAACUUACACACCCGCCCAAGGCAAAAUUCCGUUCUCUCGAGUGAACCACGACAAGUUCAUGGUGACAGAUAACACCGUGUAUGUAGGUACUUCCAACUGGGCCGCAGAUUACUUCCUGUACACCGGUGGUAUCGGCUAUGUUAUCAGAGGCUCUAAUAAUGUGCGGGCUCAAGUGGAAGCUGUGUUCGAGAGGGACUGGAAUUCAAACUACAUCGAAGAUGUUUUGUAGACUUAGGAAACUGCGCCCUUCCAAUUAGUCAGCUUGGAAGCUGCUCUUAGUUUCGUCCACAAAACGACACAAAGCGGCUAGUCCGAUGGAAUUGAAACAAGUCGAAAAAUAUUGAAAGUAGGUCGAAAUCAAAGAAAAAUGAAUGAAAGGAAAUCUUAGAAAUCAUUCAAUAUCUUAAUGGCUUCCCACAACUCUUUGCGACUCGCGCAUAAGACCGAGGUUCGCUGGCAAACCUCCAUGUUUUUACAAUUUUGUCCCCCUGACCUAGGUUUCAUGCUCGCGUCGCUAAGAUUUGUGGGAAGACACGGUGAAGGUGAAUUGACUGUCAGUCGCAAAGCUAGGCGUUUCCGAAGUGACAAACCUCGAGCCUAUCAAUAAGUAGUUGUCUAUUAGCUAAUUGAUCUUAAUAUCAUGUCAUCGUGUAAAUCCAAAAAAGUCAAGCUACAUACAAGCAAUACUUUUCUUUAUUUGGUCUAUUUGGUUAAUUUGUUACAGAUCCUUUAGUAUGUUAAAUAACACAUAUCAAAAGUG